UCAGAGUUCUGUGCUCUAGAAUCUAAUAAAAGCGUGGCUUUUUGUUAUAGGUAAUAUAGGUAAUAUAGUAAUAUGGCUUUUUGUUAUAGGUAAUAUGGGUAAUAUUUUGUUAUAGGUAAUAAGGUGACAAAUAAGUAGCAAAGAGUAUUUUGAGAGCCGCUUUGGAGAGGUGAGAAAGAAACUCACUAUCCCAUAAAACAAUUGUUACUCCUAAUAUGGGGAAUGGUAGAAGUAAAAGAGUAGAAUAGAGAUGGUGGAGUCUGUAGAUGAGGCUGGUGUUGUGCAAUAAUUAAGAAGGUAUAAUUAAUUAAUGUUCUGGUGAAAUAGAAAAGAAGGACAUAAAAGAAAGAUGCAUUUUUUUUAGAUACAGGUGCCUCCCCUGUGGCUUARGCACAGGUGAAAACAUGCAAAUAUCAGUGUUCACCUUUCUACCUAUAGAUGGAGAUCUGCUGCCACAGAUUUAUUUUACCCAUUAACUUUUUUCCCCUUGGUGGURGUGUUGGGUCAUAUCUUUCUGUGAAUAGUAGAUAAAUACAGGUGUAAUUUGAGUGGAGUAACUUAAACAUGCCUUAGAUAUUCCUUUGUUACUAAAACAGCAGCUCAGUGCUUCUGCUGGGUGGGAUUUUUAUUUCUGGUCAGUAACAAGUGUAUUAAACAUACUUAAAUGAUGCCUUUUUUGCAAGGAAAGUCUGUAGCAGUUGUGCUCUGUSAAGACUGGAGUAGUUUUUUCCUCACUUCUUUCCUAGUUCAGACUAAAAUAUUUGCUUCUUUGGGUUGAAGUUUGUGUGAUCUAUAGUUAAUGGUUUGGGUUUUUAAAUUUUUUUUUAAAAAAGGGCAACAUAAUAAUUUUCCAGUUUCUUGGUUUCUGAGUUUGAUGUAUGUGGCCUUCCAUAUGAAAGAUCUGACAAUAUUUCUUAUUUUUACUGGAUCUUCAGUGUGGUGAAAUAAGCUUGGUGGGACAUCAGCCCUUCUGCUUUUUGGGGCUAGAAGCAUGGAGAAUGUCUCCUGACACCAAUUAACUUUUAAAUAAUUUUAUUUGUGGUGUCUAUACCAGAUCUGCAUUUUGCAUAAUUCGGCUGUGGUGCUCUUAACUGAGGAAACAAGUGACACUAACUUACUACUGGGACAUUUACUCACUUUUUAAACCUCAGUGUUCAUUAAAUUUUUUUUCCUUGCUGAGUUAUUAAUCUARGAAUUGCAUAGAGUGAUGCCUGAGGAACAGAAGUGUGGAUGGUGCUGUAGCAAUAUUCCUGCUGUGUUUGCAGGUCCCUUUGGCUUGUCCCAAAGCCCAGCCAUGGAGAAGUGGAGCCUGAUGACAAUCACUGUGUURCUGGCACUCACCGUGCGCUGGGCCGUGUCCCUUGGGUCCUACUCAGGGGCAGGAAAACCACCCAUGUAUGGAGACUACGAGGCUCAGAGGCACUGGCAAGAAAUCACCUACAACUUACCCAUCAGGCAGUGGUACUUCAAUACAAGUGAUAACAAUUUGCUGUACUGGGGCCUCGAUUACCCACCUCUCACUGCCUAUCACAGUUUUGUGUGUGCUUACAUUGCAAAGUUAAUAAAUCCUGAUUGGGUUGCUCUGCACACAUCUCGGGGCUAUGAGAGUCAGCCCCAUAAGUUAUUUAUGCGUACAACAGUGUUUGUUGCAGAUUUGCUGGUUUAUAUUCCUGCAGUUAUUUUAUAUUGUUUUUCCUUGAAAGAAACAUCUGCUAAAAAAAAGGUUUCCAGUGCUCUCUGUAUCCUGCUUUAUCCAGGCCUCAUCCUUAUCGACCAUGGGCACUUCCAAUACAACUCAGUGAGCCUUGGCUUGGCCUUGUGGGCUGUCCUUUGUCUGUCCCAUGACUGGGACCUCCUGGGCUCYGUGGCAUUUUGCUUGGCCUUAAAUUACAAGCAAAUGGAGCUCUACCAUUCUCUGCCCUUUUUUUGCUAUUUACUUGGAAAGUGCUUCAAGAAGGGACUGAAAGGAAAGGGGUUGGUGCUGCUGACCAAACUGGCAGGGACAGUGCUGUUGUCCUUCGCUGCCUGCUGGCUCCCGUUCGGCACCGACGUGGAACAAAUCAUGCAAGUACUCAGAAGACUCUUUCCCAUUGACAGAGGCUUGUUUGAGGAUAAAGUAGCCAAUAUUUGGUGCAGUCUAAGUGUCCUUAUAAAGAUAAAGAAUGUAAUAUCCCCUCGAACUCAGCUAAAACUCAGUUUUGCUGUAACAUUCCUGAGCCUGCUCCCUGCCUGUAUCAAGCUCACUGUCCAGCCUUCCCUCCGAGGGUUUAAAUUUGCCUUGGUUGCCUGUGCCUUGUCAUUUUUCCUGUUCUCCUUUCAAGUCCAUGAAAAAUCUAUUCUUCUCGUGUCAGUUCCAGUCUGCUUAAUCAUCAAUGAAAUCCCCUUUAUGGCCACGUGGUUUCUGCUCGUGUCAACUUUCAGCCUGCUGCCGCUGCUGCUGAAGGACGGGCUGCUCCUGGCCUAUGCUGUCACCACGCCCGCCUUCCUGGCCGUGUGCUUGGCCUCCUUCUCCAUCCUGGAGAAGACCUCGGCAGAGGACCUGCAGCUCAAGGCCUUCUCCCUUUCCCUCAAGGGAUACGUGUCCUGGUUUAAGUCCUUUCCCAAGAUUGUCAGGAGCCUGUUCCUCCUGUCCCUGUCCCUGAUGGGAGUUCUGUCUGUCCUGAGUGCUGCGGUGCCUCCUCCCCCGGGCCUCCCGGAUUUCUUCCCCGUGGCCGUGUCCGUUGUUUCCUGCGCACACUUCCUGCUGUUCUUGGUGUACUUUAACCUUGUUAUACUCUGGGACUCCAAGAAUAGAGGGCAGAAGAAAAUGAGUUAAUGAAGCUGUGGAGCUGCAGGACUGAGUGUGCUCAGUGAGGGSUGCCAGCACUGCAGAGGAACCUGAGUGUGAUGGACACAACUGCUGGAACCGAGGAAAGUCAGGAACCACCUUUUUUGCUUAUUUAAACACAAAACAAUCAAAGACUGUUUUAAAGGAGAAAUAUUUUGAAGAGCAUUGGAAACGGGAUUUGGUUUGUUUUCUUUGGAAGUGUCACACUUUUGUUACCAUUUGUAAACCUAAAAUGCCUAAUAAAGGACCAAAUUUUGAAUUAAUGCUAAAAUACUGUAUUAGCAAAAGUAGCAUUAAGUUUACUUUAGUGCAGGUAAUGUAGAAACUCGUGCCUGGCAGCACUGAAGUCAUGGUGCUGAAUUGCUUAAUGACAAAAACUGAUUUGUGUGUCUCAGUCACUGCCCCCUUUGCUGGGGGUCAGCAGCUCUGGGGUGGCUCUAAAAGUGCUGCAGCCUCAGGAUUCAACAACUCUCUUUAACAGAACUGAAAAGCCAAAACCUUGGUUCUGCAGGAAAAGCUGAGGUGCUGCAAUGCAGUUUGAAAAGAAAAUACCCAAACCCACAGCACUCCCCCUASUGCACAGCAAUUUGUAGAUGUAAACUGAACUCAACUCUGCAAUUUCUCCCUGGGYACAGCUCAGCCUCUAAAGCCAAUAAUUCAGAGAAUACAAUUGAUUGAGUAGUUAUAAACAUAACAAAGCAUGGARGAAGAAAAUAAAUCAUAAAGCAAUU